AGACAAGAGUAAAGAGGCGUGUGAUGGUUCUGCCUUAGUACUUGUACAGGCAGGAAUGUUUCCAGUACUUCUUUGUACAACUCACUGAGGGAAUGGGAAACUGUUUUAUAGCUCUGGAAACAUAAGCACAGUAAGAAUGUCUGAGGCUAUCCGAUGCACUCUCGUGAACUGUAGUUGUCAGUGUUUCAAACCUGGGAAAAUAAAUCAGCGACAAUGUGACCAGUGCCGGCAUGGAUGGGUAGCACAUGCCCUGAGCAAAUUAAGGAUUCCCAAUCUCUACCCAUCAAGCCAAGUAGAAAUAGUUCAAUCCAAUGUUGUCUUUGAUAUCAGUAGCCUCAUGUUGUACGGAACCCAAGCCAUUCCUGUGCGCCUUAAAAUUCUGCUAGAUCGGCUUUUCAGUGUUCUGAAGCAGGAAGAGGUAAUACAGAUCCUCCAUGCUCUGGAUUGGACACUGCAGGAUUAUAUACGUGGAUAUGUGCUACAGGAUGCUUCAGGAAAGGUGCUGGAUCACUGGAGCAUAAUGACCACUGAAGAAGAACUGGCUACUUUGCAGCAGUUUCUUCGCUUUGGAGAAACUAAGUCCAUUGUAGAGUUAAUGGCAAUUCAAGAGAAAGAAGGGCAAUCAAUUAUAAUACCACCACCAACUGCCAAUUUGGAUAUUAGGGCAUUCAUUGAGAGCUGCAAUCCACACAGCCCAAAUUUUUCUGCUUCCUUGGAGAAAAUGAGUCCCACCAACAUUCAUCCCUUUGAGAAUAUUGUCAAUAACGUGGCUUUCAUGCUGCCAUUUCAGUUUUUCAGUCCAGUGCCUCCACCUUUGAUAGGUUCACCACCAGAAAGACAUUUGAUUGAGCAAGGUCAAGACCACAGCAAUGAAACCAAACAAGAUCUUCAGAUACCAUUUUCUGAAAGCAGCUUCUUAACUUCUAGUUCUGCACCAUUUCAAGUUGAAAAUGAGAGGAGCUUAAAUGGUCCAGAUGUCACUAAAACAGAAGAUGAUGCCCUUUUAAGUGAUUCCAGUUCACAUAAUACAGCAGCAAAGCUUGAAAUGACAGCACUAUCUCCAGAAAACAAAAUUAAAUCUGUUGAAAAAAACGGUGCUGGGCCUAGGAAAGGGCGUGUUUUCUGCACUGCAUGUGAAAAGACAUUUUAUGACAAAGGUACUCUGAAAAUACAUUACAAUGCAGUUCAUCUGAAGAUAAAGCACAAGUGCACCAUCGAGGGCUGCAAUAUGGUAUUUAGCUCUUUGCGCAGCCGAAAUCGUCAUAGUGCAAAUCCUAACCCCAGACUCCACAUGCCAAUGAAUAGAAAUAACAGGGAUAAAGAUCUAAGAAACAGUUUGAGCAUUGCUGGACCUGGAGAUAGUAAAAGGACAGAAUUUACAAUUUUAACUCCGGAUAGCAGAACUAUUUCCAGCUAUGCCAGCUCUUGUACAGAUUCAAAAGGUCAGGCUGGAUUUUCCAGUAUUGGACACAAUGGUGUCCUCUUUCCAAACCUGAAGACAGUACAGCCUGUUCUUCCUUUUUACCGUAGUCCAGUCACACCAGCUGAGCUUGCUAAUACUCCAGGUACUCUUCCUUCUCUGCCUCUUGUUUCUUCCUCAAUACCAGAGCAGCUUGUUUCAAAUGAAUUGCCCUUUGACAUGCUCCCCAAGAAGAAGUCUCGUAAGUCGAGCAUGCCCAUCAAGAUAGAGAAAGAAGCUGUUGAGACACCUCACGAAAGCAGCGAUGUCGCCAGUUCUGAAGACGACACACGUCUGCAAGUGGUAAGCGAUGGAGAGCUUGAGACCUGUGAGCAUAAGAUAGAGAAGCGAGUGGCCGACAGGGUGGAAAAGCACCCCCAUUCAGGUAAUUCAUGGAAAUCUCUCUCUGGGGUAGAGGGCCCAAAGUAUUUUGAAUCUGUCUUUGCGCCAAAUAACAAAUACAUCGAGGAUAUCUCUGAGAAUGAAUUGCAACACUGUGAGAAAGAGGUUAAACCAGAAGAAAACCAACCAUUAAAAGUAGUUUCCCAUGAGAUUAUGUAUGAAGAUCCAAAACACCACCACAGUGAUGUUAUAAAACCAAUGACUGAAGCCCCCAUGUAUAUUAAAGAGCAGUCAAAGCACAGGAUUCCUAAAAAUGACUGCCCAGAAUUGCAACACCACUUGCUGACCGGGGGCUUUUUCAGCACUUUGUCAAACAGGGGUGCUGCCAUUCCUUGUUUUGAAGACUCUAAAGAUAUGGAUCAUGUCAGUCAACAUGCACUAGGGAUUCAGAAGGAAGAAAGCCGCUUUCAUUGUGACAUCUGUAAGAAGACUUUUAAAAACCCUUACAGUGUAAAAAUGCAUUUCAAAAAUGUACAUCUCAAAGAAAUGCAUAUUUGCACAGUUGAGGGCUGUAAUGCUGCUUUCCCUUCUCGUAGAAGUCGAGACAGACAUAGUUCAAACCUAAAUCUUCAUCAUAAGCUUCUGACUAAAGAUACACUGGAAUUCAACAACCAUUUCAAUGCAACAUACCUCUUGAAAGACAUGGCUAAGGAGUUUUGCCAAGAUGUCUCUUUAAAACAACAUGUUGGACAUACUUCUGUAAUCUUCAAAGGAAUGAACAGAACAGGCAGCUACGUUUUUCCAAUGAGCAAAAUUAGAGAACCCUGUUCUGAGAGUUAUGGAUACGAUCCAUUAAAUGAUGGAGCUGUUCUGGAUCUAAGCACUACUUCCAGCAUUAAAUCUGAGAGCAGUGCUCAUUCUUCUUGGGAUUCUGAUGGAGGAAGUGAAAUAUGCACCAUGCCCUUGGAUGAUAGUGAUGAAAGCUGUGAAGGACCCAGCCUAAUGGCCAAUGAUGAACUCUACCAAGACUGUACUUUAAUUGACAAAGCUAAUCAAAACUUUACAAAUUUACCUUCCAGUUUGCCAAUAACUUGUCAUAUAUGUCAAAAAACAUACAGUAAUAAAGGAACUUUCAGGGCUCAUUACAAAACUGUGCAUCUCCGCCAGCUCCACAAAUGCAAAGUCCCAGGUUGCAACACAAUGUUUUCAUCUGUUCGCAGUCGGAACAGGCACAGUCAAAACCCCAAUCUGCACAAAAGUCUGGCUGGGUCACCAACUAGCUUACAGUAAGAUCAGACUGAUCUUAAUUUAUUUCUGCUAAGAAUUAAUCAUUUCAAUUAAGGAAUGUGUUAACAUUAGUUUUAUUGAAACUCUUUUGACUUCUAGCCCGCUCGACAACCACAGUCAAAUUCUUUUCUCCUGUGUGUGCUCUCCGGCAGUUUGAGUCAGCAAAGCUUGGUGCUGCAGUUUUUGUGCAAUUGUUUGGUUUGAUGUUGAAUAGCUAAAACCUCUGUAAGGAAAAGAGAACAUCUUAGAAAUGGGGGAAAUAUGGAGACAUUAAUUAGAGUAUUUCUGAUACCUGUGAAGUAUUACUUGCCAAAAAUAGGAGCUUUAAAUGAGGACCGUCAUCCCUUGUGUUUACAUAUUAAAUGAGUUGUGGUGUUGUGUAAGAAAAGAGUUAGCGAUUGAGCUGAGUUUCCUCUGGUUAGGCUGAGAGUUUUGGGGCUACCAUUUUGUUCAUGAGACCUUGACCUGAAGCUGACUUGCAGUAUUAGUGGAACAUGAUAUUUGCAGUUUACUAUAUCCCAAAAUCCAAAAGAGAAAAUACAAAUUUGGGAAAACUUUGCAUACAGUCCAAACCUUCUGAAAAUCCUGCAGUCCUUACUCCUUAAGUUUGCAUUUCACUUGAAUAAGGAUUGCAGUGUUUGGGAUUUCUUAGAAUUUAAUACCAUUUGCUUUGCAAGAGGAGGGGCUACCUAAUUUGGCAGCAUUGCCUGAUAAAUUAUAGCGAUAGAAAGAAUGAAUAGGUUACGCUAAAAUUUCUGAACCACAACAAAUGCAUCCAUAAAACAUGGGGAAAAAUUAAACCCUUUAAUUCUUUAAUUUAAAAUGCACUUUUUGAGUUCUACUU